GCUGAAUAAGCCAUAAUUCAUCUGGAUGAGCGUAUGGGAUGGAGGGAUGAUACCACUUUGCUGAAAGCUGCCCAUUACAAUCUUUCUAUAAAAGGGCGCAGUAUCCUGCUGUUCAAGUCCUUUCUCCCAGCAUCGAUCGACUUACCUUACCUACAAAGUACCCAUCUGUUUCAAGCCUUCGACACCUACCUCAUAACAUCUCAUCAAUUGUGCUUUCAGUCAUAUCACAUCUGCCUCCCUGACCAACAUGUCCGCUUCCAUCACGAACGUUGUACUCGCCGGUGCAACCGGUAACUUGGGCCCCUCAAUUCUUGAGCAGCUCCUGCUCGCCGGUGACUUUACGGUCACCGUCCUCGUCCGCAAGGAGUCACCUCGUACUUUCCCCCCCGGUGUCAAAACCGUCACGGUCAACUACGACUCCAUCGACUCGUUGACAUCGGCAUUGUCUGGUCAAGACGCUGUGGUUUCCACCCUCCCAAUUAGCGCCCCCGAAAAGCAACUCCUUCUUAUUGAAGCUGCCGCCAAGGCAGGUGUCAAACGAUUCCUGCCCACCGAGUUCGGCUCCCACACUCGCAACGCCAAGGUCCGACAGCUUCCCAUCUUUCAAACCAAGUUUGACGCCCAGGACCUUCUCGAGAAAAAGGCAAAAGAAGGCACAUUGACAUACACCCUUGUUGUCAAUGGCGCGUUCUUUGACUGGGGUCUCAAGAUCAACUGGCUGGUCAACGCCAAAGAUAAACAUGCAAUCCUCUAUGAUGGCGGCGACAGGAAGAUCAGUUUCUCGCUGUUGUCCGAUGUUGGAAAGGCUGUUGUGGGAGUUUUUAGACAGGCUGAGGAAACCAAAAACAAGAUGGUGUUUAUCCAGAGCACUGUUCAGAGCUUCAAGGACGUGUAUGAGAUUGCCAAGAAGCUUACCCCAGGAGAGAAGUGGACUGACGAGGUGGUGAUGGUGGAUGACUUGCUGACUUCGGCAUGGGCUGAGAUCAACAAGGAAAACCCCGACCCUGAGAAGUUUGCUGUCAAGUUCAUAACUUCUGCGAUCGCGGGAGAGGGAUAUGGCAGUCUGUUUGAGAAGAAUGACAAUGAGUUGCUGGGGAUCAAGGAGCUGAGUCGGGAGGAGGUUGAGGAAGUGGUCAAGAAGUAUCUGUAAGAUGAUAUUAUUUGAGAGAGGACGAAAAGACAGA